AUGGCGAAGAUCCCCGCGCGACUGCGAUCGGUGACGUACACCCUGUCGCCCAUGCGCACCGGGGUCAUGCACGGAUUGUUCAAAGAUUGGGCGAGCGGCAUGGCGAAGCGCGUCACCGAGAACGCCGUGGACGUCGGGUUGUUCUGCGCGCUUCCCACGAUCGCGACCGUCAUGUACGCGAGCAAUUACAAGGAGCAAGAGAAGCUGCACCACCGGUAUUAG